AUGUCUCAAAAACCGCACCAAUAUAGUGAUAAGGUGUCGUUAACAUACACGGACACUGAUUCGUUAAUAGUACAUGUUGAAGCCGAUAAUUUCUAUGAAGACAUGAAAUCACACAUGCAUAACUUUGACACAUCCAAUUAUGAUGCUGAUAACCCGCAUAACAUGCCUCGAACAGCGUCAGAGUUGGGUAAGAUGAAAGACGAAUAUGGUGGCAAGGUGCUGUUUGCCUUUUAUGGUACAGGUCCCAAAGCAUACUGUAUCGAUGCUGUAGAUUAA